GGCCAAUUGGUGCACUACCGUCUUAUUGUGUACCUGUUGCUGUUACGAAAUACAAGCGGUCACGAGUAAGAAGGUCAUAUUUCAUUUACGAAUCGUACCCGCGAAUGAAGCCAAAGUGUACCUGGAAGGCGUAUUCGGCGAAGGUGAAGGCAAAAGUUUGACAACCCCGCCAUAUGAUAUCUCGUCAGACCAGAACGUGUGUGGCUCCGCAACGAUAACCUUGAACUCCAGUACUGUAGACCCCAUGUGGCAGGCAAACAAGGAGGCCUGCAGCAGCUCAGAUACCAGUACCACAAUAACCGUAUACGAACAUGUGACGCAACCUGACUCGAAGAACUGCGGUGAACUAUUUCUCGGGUGUUGUAACCAGAAGGAUGGUUGUAUUAGGAAUAUUACGACGUCCAAAUUAGAAAACACGUUUCAGUGUACUGGCGAAGCAACGGAUAUGUGGGUGGUUAGUAUUCGAUACGGAGCAGAAUGUCAAUAUCAAUACACUUUCAAAUGGGUAUACGGAACAGGAAGCCGGUUGGCCGUUCAUGCAACCCAGAUGGUUCUGCUUCCACUGCUUGCAACUCUGUUCAAUUAA